AUUUUCUAUACAAAAAAAUAGAAUGUAAGAUCUGCUCUUUCAUCUUAAUACGUAUUACAUAUUUGUUAGUGAAUGAUUUAAUUUGCACUUUUAAUACAAAUGAUAUUUCAAUUGUCUGUUAACCCCUAUUUAUUUUGGUACCAAAAGGUUUCUGAUGUUGACUAAAAUGAAUAAAAUAACUUUAGUCGUUAAAAUCAUAAAGAUACAGAUAUCGAGUUCUAUCGUAUUAAGCACAGUGUUAUUGACAGCUUUACAUAUUGUGCUAAUACAUGAAAAGAGAUAAACGCUAAAACAUGAGGAAGGAAGAGGAAUGAAGGAAGGGCAGAAUAAAUUAGAAUGAAAAAAUACAAACUCGACCUCGUCUAAUUGAAAUAAAAUCGCAGUAUGCGAUCGAUUUGAGGUCAAAUUACUCAAUGAAGAAGUUUUGUCUCUGUAUAUCCGUCACAGAAGAGUGGAAUCUGACGAAAUACAGUGAUUUGACGUCGUCAUGGUGAAUGUCUAUAAAGAGAAGUAGAAAGAGCCGGCAUUUGGUAGGCCACAAAGGCGUAGCCAAACGAAGAACUGAACGUAUGGGGUGCAGAAGGAAGAGCGGGUAAGGGAGGGUGUUAGUCACUAGAAAACAGGUAUCCGCCGUAGGCGUCGUACGUUCAUUGAUAAGCGUAUAACGCCCCGUGCCUUAGACUCGUGACGUCACUCAAUCGCACGGACGCCUGCGCUUUUGUCAGGGCCGUGCCUAUCACGCGGUUCUUGCCCCUACACUUUUUUCUAUUGAACAUUAACUACGUAAGUCAAAUUGCAACUUCUUGAUGUAGUAAGAUAGCUAUUCGAUAUUUAAAUAUAAAUACUAAUAUACCUUCUUUCACUUGUAGUUUGCAUAUAGUUAUUUAUUACAUAAUUUUACGUGUGAUUGCUAUAGAUUGCGAACGUAUAAUAAUGUGAUUAAUAAUGUUCUAUAAAAUGUAUAAUGUGAAUUUAAUAAGCUUAAAACGAUUACUAUGUAACUUAUAUACAUACAAUGGCUUUCAGGAAGAAUUCUUUCACGGUCCUAUAACUGUUGGGAGUAUCGUAUUGGAUUUCAAGAAUGGAAAGAAAUAGAAGGCAACAAAUCUCAGUAAUUAUUGGCUUGCAAAAUUCUCAUGAAUCUUGGCAAUUCUCUGAUGUUACGAAUAGUCUAGUUUCUUCGUCUGGUUUCAUUCGUAUUAGAUGAUGCUUAUGCCACUGAAAAAUAAAACGAAAUGAAAGGCAAGUAACAUAGAAUGACGAAUGAAGAGAGAACAUAGAUUCAGAAAGGCGGAGUGUAGAUGGAUGUAAGCACACCGGGUAAAUGGAUGGAAAGAGAGAGAGAGAGAGAGAGAGAGAGAGAGAGAGAGAGAGAGAGAGAGAGAGUAAAAUAGUGGAGGGGAAAGUCAAAAGGGGAAGGAGCGACAAGGAAAGGAAGGGAUGUAAAACGUAGAGAAGAAGAAAGAUAAAGAAGGAUAGUUGGAGUAAAAGGAGAGGGAAAGAUCGGUGGAUUGUCUCGCGCGUAUUGAUUGGUCUUUUGUGAAAGCUACACCCUCAUGUAGCUACGAGACAAACCAUUCUGUAAAGUCACUAGACUUCCAGGGUGUAUCACACGUUUCCAAGUUGAGUCGUAUGACGACUUUACGGCCAUGUUUGAUUUCUCUCGAUUAAGAUUACAUUUUCCUAAAUUGCAUUCUGUUUGAUGAUCUUUAGCCGACCAUCGAUGCUAUGUUAUAUCAAUGUCUUCGAAGGAAACUGCUUUCUAGAAGAUUGAGAAAGAUGAUGAAAGAUGAUGAAAGGAACAGUAGGUUAGGGUGCUAUAUUGGGGUAGGAAUGACGUAAGCGAUCGCUCGUGAUCCCUAGCUGCGAAGGGGUUCUAUAUCGGUAUCGAUCGUAAAGUGACCCAUAUCUGGUGGUGACGGGAGUUCCUACCCCUGGCUGCUUUUCCAGCGACAGCACCCCUCGCUACCACCUCUCUCGCUCUUUCUCUCUUUUUCCCGGUCCUCUAUCCCCUCUAAGUAACUGUACUCCCGCCAGAACCGUGUCUACCCCCACUUGUUUCCCCUUUCCUCCGGUGGACGAGCGAAUAUACCUCCUCCCCCGAUUUCCAGCAGCCCUGCCGCCUGCCUUCCACGGCCGAGCAGAUCUUGGGGCUUGUACGGGAUGAUAGCCGAGUGAAAAAGCUCGUGAGUCCCGUGAAGUUCGCUCAUCAGCAGCAGCAGCCCUGGCCUGCCACAAUCCCUUCGACUCGGUCAUCGUAAGUGUCGUGCAUCCCGUGAAAGAAACGAAACCAACAUCGUGAACAAACCAAUACGAUAGAUUGUAGAAUUGUACGCCUAAUCGUGGGAUCGUCGUGUGCAGCCUGGCAGGCCCCGCAAAAGCCGCCAAUUAAUUAAGAUAGCUCCUAGAUACACGGUAGAUCGAUAGGGACUGGCCGUGAUAAAGACGGGCGAGGGUUUCAGACUUCAGGGAUGUUGCAGUGCUGUGGUGUUGGAGGUGGCGCUUCCACGGCACCUCAGGCUCCGCAGCUGCAGGAUACCGGAUCUGCUGUCGGGAUUACCACCUCCACGAAAACCACCAUCAUGCAGGACGCAGUUCUUGAAUCCAUCCUCGAGCAAAUGCGUGAAACGGAAGCUCGAAAAGCGGAUCUGGAGCGCCAACAUGCAGAAGCACAGAAUCAGCUACACGAAAAGAUAGCAGGACGAUAUCAAGGCCCGGAAUCGGUUGAAGCAUUGCAAUCAAAGAUAAGGGAACUUGAAAAGAAGACGGAGUUACAGAUGGUCAGGCACGAAGAAUUGUCCUUGGAAUUAACAAGCCUGAGACGUGCACGAAGCAGAGGACCUAUGGUGGGUCACUCGACGGUCCCGACUACUUGGCCUCCGACUGGUUCUGAAAUUGACAGAAUAAUAGCAAAGAUAGAACAAGAUAAUAGUGCUAGUAGAAUGAUACACGAUUUGGAUCAUACUCGAGGAUCCGUUACUACGCAACAACCCUCAGUUACACAGGGUAUUUUGCGAUCUAGCUCGGAAAACCUUCCUAAUCUCUGUCAACAUCAGCAUCCACCUCCACAUGCUUUGAACCUAGGAAUGCCAACACAGAUGAGUCACUAUGCAGGUUCGCCUAUGCCCUUAACGCCAAUGAUGCCAGGCUGUCCACCACUGACUCCGAAUGGGCCGCCGUAUCACUACAGCGAAGCAAUUCCACCAGCACCGUCGCUCUCCACUAGUCAAUCGCAACCUGUUUUUCAACAAAAGAUGCAACAGUAUCAACAACCGCAACAGACACAUACCGAGUUACAGAGCUCUCAUUCUCAAAGUGUUCUGCAGGCACAGCAGAAGCAACAAACGCACACCCAUUAUACGAGUAAUCAGUAUCAGGAGAGUUAUCCGCAUACGCAAACCUAUCAGCAGCCGCUCCAGCAGCAACAACAGCAACAGCCACAACAUUCGGCCUCUACAACGUACCUGACGUCAUCGAGCCAAAGCAUAUUACCUCAUUAUUCCCAGCCCACACAGACCGCCCAAAGUUUUCAAUUGAAUGGAAGUCAGCAGGCAACGACAUAUCCAAGUUUGUCCAUUACGUCGCAUCCAAACGGAACCUAUAGUACAGGGGCGAGUAGCUUUAGUACUCAACUACCGCAUCACAACUUUUCCGUUCCGCAGACAAGUAUCCCACAAACUACGUUAUCCUCGUUGCCACCCUAUUCGACAUCCUCCUUUCACUCUACUUUGGGCGCACUUACCAGUGUACCUCAAACCGCUCUUUCCUUUUCGAGCGUACCGAGCAGUUUCGUCACUAGUGGAUCGACCUAUUCCACCGUCGGGACCAAUGCUUUUGGCACGUCAGGCGUAAGCUCAGGAACCACAUCGACAGGCUUAUUACAAGCGAUAAGCGAUCCUCUUCAAGCAAUGCAGCAACUAUCUGCUCAGUCUCAAGUCAAUCAACUUCAACAGCAAGCUAUCAUCCAGCAGAUUCAGCAAAGUUUACGCGCCAGUUCGCCGACAGCACCUGCUACGACGGGUCAUCAUUUCCUUGGUUCAAGGCAGAUGCCAAAGAUACCCAGUAGUAUACUUCCCAAUCCCUUGGAUCGACUGACCAAUGACAAUAUUGUAACAGAGGGUCAAGUGGACAUGCUGGAUAUACCCGGCAAAGGCAGAUGUUACGUCUAUAUUGCUCGUUUUACAUACGAGCCGUUUCAGCACUCGCCAAACGAAAAUCCAGAAGCGGAGUUGCCUGUUCAAGGAGGCGAUUAUCUUCUUGUUUGGGGACAACCGGACGAAGAUGGUUUUCUCGAUGCAGAAACUCUUGACGGUAGACGUGGUCUCGUUCCAGCUAAUUUCGUCCAAAAAUUAAUCGGCGAUGACCUAUUAGAAUUUCAUCAAGCCGUUCUUGGCCUCAGAGACGUUGAUGAUUCUGCUUCGACUAAUAUUCCCCAAGUGAGCAAUUGUUAUCUCCAGGAUAUUGAUCUGGAGUUAGCGGCUUUAGAAGAAGGAAAUCGAAAUCGACAAGCUGAACUAUCUGCUUACGCGGAGCUUGAUAAUAUAGCAGAAGAAGACGAACAAGAGCCACCAGAAGUCUACCUGUUUUCGGACCUAGUUCCGGCGCCGCAGCACCUUACACUCGAGCGCCAAUUGAACAAGAGCGUCUUAAUUGGUUGGACGGCACCAGAAAAUACUCAUCAGUUGGAGUCCUAUCACGUCUACGUGGAUGGAGUGUUGAAGGUUACUGUGAAAGCAACUGAGAGGACCAGAGCAUUGGUUGAGGGAGUUGAUUCCACCAGGCCACACAGGAUAAGCGUGCGAUCAGUGACGCAUUCACGAAGAACGUCUCGCGAUGCCGCUUGCACAAUGGUGAUCGGUAAGGAUGUAGCCUUGGGUCCAACUGCUGUCAAGGCGUCGAAUGUAACCGCCACCAGUGCUGUCAUAUCGUGGAUGCCGAGCAAUAGUAAUCAUCAACACGUGGUUUGCGUGAAUAACGUCGAAGUUAGGACGGUGAAGCCUGGUGUUUACAGACACACAAUUACUGGUUUAGCACCCUCGACAAUCUAUAGGGUGACUGUUAAAGCGAAAAACCUGAGAGCGACACACUUCGAGGACCAAAACACUCAAGCGGCAAAUAAUUUAGCAUGUCACGUCCAUUUCAAAACGUUGCCCAAAGGAUUACCUGAUCCUCCGGUCGAUAUCCAGGUGGAGGCUGGACCGCAGGACGGCACUUUGCUAGUGACCUGGCAGCCUGUUGCCCUAAACGGUUCGGCCGUCACCGGUUACGCGGUGUAUGCCGAUGGAAAAAAGGUCACCGACGUAGACAGCCCCACUGGUGACCACGCUCUGGUGGACAUACAUAAGCUUAUGGGCUUGAACCCAAAGCACAUCACAGUUAGGACAAAAAGCAGGGAAAGUCAAUCGGGCGAUAGCUGUGCUACUGCCAUUCCUUGUAGCGUUCUUCGUGGCGGGACCGCGACUCAUUUGCAACAUGGAUCUACGCACAUGCAAGACCAAGGACAACCUCAGCCUUCUGGUACUGGGCAAGUGGACGACCCGAAUAGACAUCGUAUGGGAGUUGUAGGUCAGAGAUAUCCAUCGACUCCUGUACCAUCUCACAUAAGGCGACACGGCAAUACUAGGGUUGACUCUCACGGCCAAGUUAUCAUCGAGACUGACGAAAAUUUAUCCGAUAAAGAAAUUUAUCCUGGACAGAGCAUGUCCCAGAUGGGAGUUCCAGAAAUCACCAAAGAUUCGGCAAGCGAAGCGAAUUACAGCGAGGAAGAUGAUCCGUCACGCAGAGGUAGAGGAAUGCCACUGCAUCAUGGCAGCCAACAUCGAUACGGAUCACAAAUGGGACAGCAAGGACUUCCUGGGACACAUCGACCCGGAAGAAUGGGUGGUCCUGCUGGUAGACCUCAAGAUCCUUACUAUGAACACUCGACACAAGGAAGUCAGAGAGGUAGGACUUCUAGUUACCGUGGAAGGGGGAUGCAAGCUCAAGGUGGUGCCAGUCAUCCAUCGAGCAGUGCACAACAAAUGAACAAGAGAACACGCUGGUUUGUUGCUCUAUUCGAUUAUGACCCGAAAAGAAUGUCACCCAAUCCAGACGCAUGCGAAGAAGAAUUGCCAUUCUCUGAAGGCGAUACGAUUAAGGUUUACGGUGAAAAAGACGCGGAUGGAUUUUAUUGGGGAGAAUGUCAUGGUAGACGAGGAUACGUUCCUUACAACAUGGUUGAAGAAAUUAAAGAUCCGAACCAGCCAGGACAGGGACAGUCAGGAAGGAGAGGAAGAUGGGGAGAUAUCUACGCUAGCAUGCCUGUAAAGAAAAUGAUAGCACUAUACGAUUAUGACCCUCACGAAUUAUCUCCCAAUGUUGAUUCCCAAGUGGAACUGGCAUUUCAAACUGGGAAUGAAAUUUAUGUCUAUGGUGAUUUGGACGAUGAUGGAUUUUAUAUGGGUGAAUUAAAUGGUGUGCGUGGCCUAGUACCGAGCAAUUUCCUCACUGAAGCGCCUGAUCAACCGUCACAAGGACAACUUCCUCCAGGAAACAGAAGACCUCCUGGUCAAAGUCAAGGACCCGGAGUAAGAGGACCGCCUCCUCCGCCUCGAGAACCUCCUCCUACUGGUCAUCGACGAGGCAAAGAUGCCUGCAUUGUGCCUGUGUCUGUCCCUGUCUGUCACUUAGACUCUAGACAACAACAACAACAACAACAACCACCAUCACUAAUGAACAACCAACAACAUCAACUCCAACAUCAACAAAACAAUCCACCGCAUCUAGCGUACCAACAAGCGAAUCACCACAGCUACACGACUGUAACCACGUCCAAUCAACAUGGGCCCACACCUAUGGGUGCCCAUCAGCAAGGCCCCGUACCACCCCACCUUCAACAGCAGGGGAAGGGGAGGGGAGGCGCGAUCAAUCGUGGUAGUAAUGUGCCAGGAGGUAUGCAGGGCCUUGGUCAGCAAGAUUAUCAGCAACAGAAUCAACCGUACCAGCAGCAACAGCAGAAUCCACAGAACCAAAACUAUCAACCACAGAAUCAAGGUUAUCAACAACAGGGUGCAGGAUUCGGUCCCCAAGGCCAACAAUUCCAGCAGCAACAGCCUCAGCAGCAGCAACAGCAACAACCGAAUCAGCCGUAUUCGCAACAGAACCAAGGUUCCUCUAUGCAAGGCAAUCAGGGCACGAGUAAGCCGAUGAGAGGAAUACCAACGGUGUUACCGACGCCUCAAGCGAAGGCGCAACCGAAUACUACUCAAGGCCAACAACAGCAACAACAGCAGCAACAGCAGCAGAGUACAGGGCCGAAUCUGAUGCAAAAAUUCACGGAGAUGGCCGGUGCGAGCGCUGGCGGCGAUAUCCUGUCGAAAGGGAAAGAACUGAUUUUCAUGAAGUUCGGACUAGGCAAGUGAGUUAUUACCCUGCUCGUGUCGCCAGCUCCGCUUCUUCUCCAUUUCUGUCCCAUCAUGUUAUCCAUCGGGUGGGUGAAAGCUCGAGGGGUCGGGGUCGUGGUCGGGGUCGGGGUCGGGAGGUCUGUUUGUAAAUCAGUAUUACACGGAGAAACGUUCGCGGAGAGUAAGCGAGACGCGCAGGCAGGAACGUACGAACGCGUCUCGUCCGCUCAGGUCUUCGCGAAUAUCCCUGAACGAAUACAAAUGUAAAUGUGUGCUGCCAUUGCUGCUGCUGCUGUUGCUGCUACUAUAACGACUGUUAUUAUUUUUCGCAACCAUUGCUGGAUCGUUCGAUCGAAAAGCUCUGAUCGCCCACGAGAAGAUCGAAUUAUUUAUAAUGUAUCUUUCUCGUUGAUUCAACUUCCUAUAUUAACAAGAUGAGAAGAAAAGAGGAAUGUUCGCUUGCGUUUUUCUAAUAUAUCUCGCGCACAUCGUCCGAGAGUGUAAUCAAUCUGAAAUCGCAUGAUUGACGCGACUCUUGUUCUUUGGAACAGAAGCGCAGAGUUCUGAAAAUAACGAACAAUCUUGGUUCGAUUUUUUCUAUUUUAUUCCUCUUUUUCUUCUGAUCCUUCAUCUUCUCCUCGUUAUGUUUUUUCCUUACUACUACUUCCUCCUUGUAUACGAUAGUAUCGUUUGUCUAGAUGUCACGUAGCCGGUUUUAGCGUUAAUUGGAAUGCUGAAAUUUUUUACCACAACGGAGCACUUCCGAACAAACUACAGGGAUAGAAGCAAUCGAAUGACAGUACAUAAUCAGAUCAUUAUUAAAAAAGAAUCAUUCAUCAAUUAUUCCAAUGAAUUAAUUCUUCUUAUUAUAUUAAGUAUUAAUUAGAUCAGUAAUAUUUUAUGUAUACAUAUAUAUGAUGAAAGGCAGUAAGUGGACUGAAAUGAGAUUGCACGAAGUUGACAAAUUUGUUAAAAACAAAGGGAAAGAUAGAACCAUUUACUUUAUUUCGUAGUUCAGGAGUUUAGGCUGUUAUCUAAAUCUCGCGUUAGAAGAAGCUCUUACGUGACAUAAGCACAGGAAAGAUUGUUGUUCUUAUUCUCUGUCAUUUGGUUUUCCUUGCUCUUUCCGUCUUUCUUCGCCUGAUGUUUCAUUUUCCUGUCCUGAGGUGUACAACCAAACUUUACGUUAAACCAUUAACAUAAACAGACGAAAGGAAGGAAGUAAGCGCGUUAUUAUAACAAUAGCCAAAUAGAUUAACGCGAUGCAAGCGGAUCAUUCGUAAAGGACAUUUGUAAACUGGACAGUCGCUGCUUGUCAUGGUCGCGAGCACGACUACGAAAUAAAUAAACCAUUUUACAAGACAGAAGUCAGACGAUAUUAAGAAAUACGUGUUAAUGUAAUAAUCGACCGGAAGAUUUAUAAUAGGACGACUCAUGGAUCAAACUGAACUACGUCAUAAACAUAUAAAUAUAUAAAUAUAUAAAUAAAACAAAUAAAUAAAUUAAUUAAUUAAUAUCGCUCCGAGGGGGAUGGAGUAUGUGAAUUCGAUCGACAAAAGAAUAUAUUUGGGGGAAUGAGGAGGGGGAUAAUAUGAGAGAUCAUAGCAUACGUAUAUUACGGUAAUGAGAUAUAAAUAUAUACAUAUGCAUAUACAGAUAUGCGUACAUACGUAUACGUAUAUAUGUAUUGAUUAUUGAUAUAUCUACGUAAAGGUAUGUAUGCAUACAAAUAUAUAUACACAUACAUAUACAUAUAUUUAACUAUUGCAAAGUGUUGUUACAUCGCUACUUGUAUCGUAUUUUGUACAAAGUAUCCUUACCUUCGAUUGUUCUUUUUCUUUCGCCGUGAUAUAAAUAUAUAUAUAUAUAAAUAUAAAUAUACAUAAAGAAACCUUAGCAAGGCGAAGGAAACGUGACAAAUUACAAAAAUGUCAUUUUUGCCGGUAUCAUACUUUGGGAAUCAUAAACGAAAUUGGUCAUAAUUGUUAUUAAAUAUCGCGGGUAUAUCUGUUUGGAACCGAUAGUUGCCUCUCGUCCGUUCAUGUUAAUCGAGUGUCGACAGAUGCGGUAAUAAGCGGUGAAAGAUGUGCGAUCUAGGAAUUAAUUAUCAGGGUGUCAGACGCGCGGCCCAAUUAAGCUUCAUUUUAUUCACCAAGUAUCAAGCUUUGAGUUUCAGUUCCAUUCUUUACGAAAACUUUCUUCUUUACAUUUGUCCGAGUAACAAAUUCGAAUGCAAAAAAUCGACUUACAUUUUCCCAAAUCCUAAUUUCCGAUUACCGCGAUAUUUCGUUCUUAUCUUUCAUCGGGAAGAUCAACUACUGAGUUAAUCAAUUAAAUUGUGAAGAACUGUUUGCUGGACCACGUGUUUGAGCCACAUCCGCGUGUAGUAGUUACCAUCAGACUCGUAAUUAUACAAUUGGUUCGUGAUUCUUGUUUUUGCAAUGUCGAUCACGAUGAAUCGCAUAACGUUUAACGAGCAAGAGUUACAGGAACUGUGUAUACUAUGACUAUGGACCAAACGACAUUUUCUCGAGAGACCAAAUUCGGCUAUUCAAAUGUAGAUUCGUUUCCCUUAGUUCCGUAAAAGUGUUUCUUUUUGCUUCGUUCGUGGCACAAUGGAAAAGCCAGACGAAUAAAAGCGUUUUUCUUAAUAUUUACAAUACGCAUUUGGAAACUGUAGGUGAUUAUGAUUAAGCAACGUUCCAACGAUCGCGGUUCCAGCCAUCGUCGUAUCGUCAUCGACCAAAAGCCGCGAAAUGUGUAAUGUGUAAUGCUUGCUCGAUUUCCGUGUUCGAUUUAACGCCACGAAAUUGCAAAAUCAACUUUGUCGAUCUCGUUCGACCUGUAUUCUGGCGAACGUCGAGAACUCAAAAAGUAUAUCUGAAUCAAAAAAUCCAGUCGAACGGAUAAAUACGCUUUCGAUGCUGUUCUUUGAAACGCGUUUAUCAAUGACGUCGUUUGAUCCAUUGGAAGAAAAUGUAGCGUUACGUAAAUAAUAAUUUUACCAGGUUAGUGUCAAGCUGUUAUUAGAAUGCCGUCGUCAUGUAAUUUAUUGAUAUUCUUGAAUAUUUAACGAUUAAAUGUUGAUUUAGUGGAUUCCAAUGGAUCGGGCGAGAAACAAACUAGUUUUCCUUCAUCUUUGUCCGAUAGAACCCCUUGCGUGAUCUCGGAGUAAACUCGCGAUUGAUGUCAGAAUUCCUAUGAAUCUUUGCUGUGAACAUAUCUAAUGUGAAAUGUUGAUUCAGGCGAUUAAACGAAAAAAGAAAAAAAAAAAAAGAAAAAAGACUGACGUGACAUUUAAGAUCUUCAAACGCUUAACACGUUCGCUACCAGUGUCAGGAUCGAUCGACGAAAGCUAUCAAUUUGGGAAUUCAACCGAUCCGUCGGAAAAUGUAAACGAAAACAAUAAUUAACUCGCAACGAUGGCAGAAAAUUGAUGGAACGUUCUAUAUAUCUAUAAAAAGGGAAACGAAAUUUUUUUUCAAAAAAACAGACAAACGAUCUGUAGCCCGUAAAUAAAAGCUUGGUUCAAAUGGUAGUGAAUGUGUUAACUGAAUAUUACUUAGCAAAUUUGUAACGUUCAUCUUCCAUCUCUUUGACGGUUUUAUUUUCUUUCCUUAUCUUUCAUUGUUGAGUUUCAUAGCGAUAAGUCACGUAGCGAAACGAGUUUAAAGCGAUUCAAACGGAAAUGUGUGAGAAAUCCAGAAUCACUGCAAAAUAUAGCCGCAUUGAGUAUGUACGAAAAAGAAUAUUGAAACAGAGAGUUAAGGGGAGAUCUUCAUCUAUUAUCGUUAAGUGUUAGAUAUCAUAAAGCAAAAGUAAAAAAGAAAAAAAAUAUGCAAGUAGUAUUAAUUAAAAAGAAGCAAAGAAUGUAACGCGAGGGAAAAACCCAUUUCAAGUAUCCCACGAAUCGAGAGCUAAGUUCUGUCUCUUCUCUCUUUGUGAUCAGACCAAAUCUUAGGAGAUAAUAAUUUUAACAACAACAGGAACAAUAAGCUGACGCAAUGCAACGGUCGAACAUGAUUAGGAACUAACGGAUAAUACUUAGUCGAAUCUUUUUAUUUAAACAUUUACCAAAAAUAAAACGAAACGAAAUAAAGAAAAAAGAAAAAAACAAGCGCAGACUAAACAUAAAUAACGCUCUAAGAAAUUAAAUGAAAAAGUGUGGGGAAAUAUAAUAAACGAGAGAAAAUUGGAUUCUCUUAGAUACCACGAAAUCGUUUCGUUCGUUGUCUACGCUCAUUUUUGUGUAGUAUCUCACUUGUACAUUGUCAUUGUUAUAAAUUUAGUCGUUGAAUGGAUUCGUAUAAAACAAUCUUUUGAUACCGCGACAGCUAAUACAAUAUGAAUUGCAAAUAUAAGCCGUGCCGAGGAUGAUGCGUAUGUGUAUGUCCUAAAUAAAUCGAUCGCGGAAUGAUGUUCGUUCGAUCGUCGAUCCUCUUUCGCUGAGAAGACCGUCUGAAGCGCGUGGAAAAUCCUUUCGAUUCGAUGAAAACAAAUAAAUAAAUAAAGUAAUCGGUGUUAGGUCUCAUACCGAAACCUCUCUUUCAGAAAAGUGUUUUCCACAUCCUGAGAAAAAUAGAUGUACAUGCGUUAUUUCGAUUUAGAUAACGGUUAGUUAAAUAAUACACGAUAUUCCAACAGAUAUUAGCGAUGAGUGUUAAUCUUCGAUGCGAGAUUAAAGCUCUCUUCGGAAUCGUAGAACUUUGUUCCAUGAAAACACUUUAUGGAAAGAUAGAAUAAAGAAAGAAAAGAGGAAGAAUGUGCAUACGUGUGCGUGUGUGUAUAUCGGUGCAUAUGAUAUAAUGAAUAAAAAUCAGAGAGGGCAGUUGGUUUGAGAAGAAAAUGAGUUGAAAAGAAGUAGUUGCAGAGUGCGGAAUAGAAGACCCGAGGAACAUACUUCGAUGGUGUUAUUAGGUAGGCGCCAAUUAUUGUCAUUCCUUCUCUUGCAUCGAUACCCUAAGAUUGUAUAAACAGAACGUAGCGCAAAAGAAGAAAUCGAUUAUAUACACUCAUACAACUUUUAAUAUAACAAAUUAUCGCAUCGAUUAAGCAUGUCGAAUCGCCAGCUACGUUUGUCAUUCAGUAAUCUUGCGCUUUGUUUUUUCUAUGAAUCGGUGCAUAACAAUCUAUUUCUUGUUAGCCCAACUGAAAUAUCGGAAAAACUGCUACAAAAGAAAAAAAUCAGCAAAAAACACAAUGUUAUUAUAAACGAUUAAUUAAUAAAAAACGAAUCUUGUUUGUUGUUA